AGUUCCCUUUAUUUUAUAUUUAUUAUAUACAUUACAACGUUUCCUGUACGGACUUAUAACAUCCGGUUUCGUCACCCAGCAGCCUUUUUCUGAUUGGACGUGUGCUUUGCCGAAGCGUUUUCCCGCGUUGUGUCUGUCGCAAAACAACACACCGACUUGACAUUCUCUGGACGUACAAAACUAAGACAUUUGAGACACUUUAUUCACAAUUUAACAGUAGUUUAGUAUUUCGGGGGAAUGCCACCAUCAUCAGAUUAUGACCAGGCCAGUCUGCCGGAUCUACUACCGCUUUACUACCGACGACUGUUUCCAUUCUCCCAGUACUACCGCUGGUUAAACUAUGGAGGAGUGCAAAAGAACUACUUCCAGAACCGAGAGUUCUCCUUCACCCUCAAAGAUGACAUAUACGUCCGCUACCAGUCUUUUACCACGCAGAACGAGCUGGAGAAAGAAAUGCAGAAGAUGAAUCCUUAUAAAAUCGACAUUGGAGCAGUCUACAGUCACAGACCCAGUCAGCACAACACAGUGAAGUCUGGAACAUUCCAGGCUCUUGAGAAGGAGCUGGUGUUUGAUAUCGACAUGACGGACUAUGAUGAUGUCAGAAGCUGUUGCAGUGCUGCAGACAUUUGUCACAAGUGCUGGACUCUGAUGACUAUCGCCAUACGAAUCUUGGACAGAGCGCUUAGAGGUUUGUCCGCAUUGAUUAAUAAGCCUCAAGAAUUCCUUUACAAAGUUCCAGGCAUGUGA